GAAUUUGCAUCUCGCUUUCAAACUGCCAUAGAGUCUCAACGCUAUCACCAUGACUAGUUGCACGCUAAUUCCAAGAAAUGAUUUCCUCAAUUAUAUUGCUAACACCAUUACCAAUUGAAAAACAUGCUUCUAAACUUUACACCCUCACUGUUUUUUACCUGUUUCAAACUGAGUGGAAAGCUGCUUGUUUUUCUUGUGGUAUUCAAAGUUUUAUUACUGAUGAAUUGGACUGGGAUCAUGUGUCUGUUGUUGAUAUUCUUCGUGGGAAAACGUAUAAAGUUACAUAUAAUCCCGGUGAUCAUGCUAGUUCUUGCUCUUGCAAGAUGUUUGAGAGGGAAGGUAUCUUGUGCCGUCAUGUUCUAUUCAUAAUAAAAAGUAAGGGUGUUCGUGAGCUUCCCGGUCAAUAUAUACUGAAUCGUUGGACAAAAAAGCUUUGGAAAAGCCUAUUUUUGACUGUUCUGGGAACAUAUUGGAUGAAUGUGGUGCUGAUUUGAAAAAUAAGUUAAUUGGUGGGUGAUCUGUGGUCAUCUUUUUUCUGUUGUGUUUCUCUUGCUGAGAGUUCAAAUGAUGAUCUGCAGAAGUUAUUGGACAUGAUUGAAUCUUUCAAAGGCUCUAUUUUUUCAAAACAUACUUCCAAUGAUGUUGGAAAAAGUUCCAAUGAUAUUGAAAGCCUCAUAGGUAUUAACUCUUCAUCAGAAUAUAACAUUCAUCCUCUGAGCAUUUCUGUCAAUAAAGGCAGAAAAAAGAAUGAUUAGCAAGCGUGAAGAAACUAUACUUAAAAAGAGGUCAAGUAAUGUAGGAAAAAGUGAUGCUUGUGCAACAGAAGAUCAAGUCAAGAAGCCAAAAACAAGUAAAUCUUGUGGUGAAGUUGGUUUCCAUGAUAGUACAAACUGUCCUAAUGAAGAAUGUGACACUUCUUCAAGGUAAUAACUCGUUUAAUAUUUUAAUUCUUUUGUAGUUCUUUAUUUAUUUAGGGAUGUUGGGAUAUAUUAUCCCGGCCUAUUACUGUUCAGGAGCCCAAGGCAUUAUCCAGUACGGAGCCCGAGCAGCUAGGUCCAUUUUGGCCCGUUGUGGCCCGCUUUGGCCAUUAGGCCCGACAUCGGCCCGUUUGGCCCAUUAGGGUGGAGUAUUUCCCUCACCCCUUUCCCUAUUUAUAGGAGGUUUUCCCUCCAUGUAAAGGAUGCUUCCUUCUUCCUCUUUCUCUCUAGAAUAGCUUAGAACUCCAUUAAUGGGAGCUUUAAUACUUGUACUAUGUAAUGGUGAGGAGAGACUAAUGAGAAAGAGAGGGCUUGGACAUUAGCCUAAAAAGUCCCGUGGUUUUCUCCCUUUCGGGUUUCCACGUAAAAACUGAGUGUUCAUACAUAUAUUUACUAUAUCGUGUUGGAUUAAACUCAACACUGGCGCCGUCUGUGGGAAUCAGUUCAAAAAGAUUUCAACGUCUUCUUCAGCUUCUACAGAAAUUGAUACGAAAUGAACUGAUUUUCAACAAAAUAUUAAUGCCAGACGAACUGGUUUCAGCAGAAAGAAGAAAGAUGGAAGAAGGAAAGUGGCGGAUCUGGAAUUCUUUUGCACUUGGAGCAUCCCAGGCCAUGCCGGAGGUAUCGCCGCCCUGCCCUCACCGGAGCCGCCGUCGCCGUACCGGUCGCUGUGGGUUCCCCAGUGAGUUCAGCCGCAUGGGUCCCGCUUAUAACCGGUCGCUCGUCGCCGGCAGCUGUUCCCACCGGCUAGGCCGCUGCUCCUCCACCGGGCUGGUCUCUGCUCAGGCCGUCACCAACCACUCCCCUGACGCGGCCUGAGGGAUUUUCCGACCGAGACUCCUCGAAUUCCGCCAUUCAUGGCGUGUAGGAGGUCAGGGGAGAGAGAUUACGAAGUUUCCAGCCGACCUCACACCGGAGAUUAUCCUCUCCGGCCAUCCUUGCGACGCGUCGACCCUCUUGACUACCGCCAGCAAGCGGCCAACCCGCGGCCAGUAGGUGGACAUGACGCUGGGAAGGCGAGUGGGUCUCGCUUCGAUCUUUCCAAAAGAUACGGAGUACUGCAGGUCACUCAUAUGCCUUGGUCGUGAGAAGACCACGUGAAAGAGAAAUGAAGGGUGGUGAGGGAUGAGUUUGGAGCAUCUUGACCAAGUCAAAUUUGCUAAAGGAGCUCAAUUAAUUUCAGGAAUUCUUGGCUGGCCACAUGUCUAGACCUGUCAAUGGGUCGGGUCCGGGUCGGAACGUAGUGUUCCAGACCCGGACCCGCUAAGUAAAUAAAGGACCCGGACCCGACCCGUUUACCCGGCGGGUCUAAAAAUUUGGACCCGGACCCGGACCCAACGGGUCUCGGAACCGGGUCGGGUAGACCCGCCAAGUAUCAUAUGCACAACAUUAUAUAACUUUUUUUUACAGAACAUUAUAUAAUUUUUUAAAAAUAGUAAAACAUGUAUAUGAAAUGUAAAUCAAAGUGCACAGAUUUAAAAGAAAAAUAUAUCUUCACUUUUCAAAAAAAAAUCAAGGUUUAUCAUAGAAAAUUAGUACUUUUAUUGAAUAAAAUAUCGGUUCUGUAGAUGCGUACAAUUCCGCACUUUGUGUCUCUUUCUCUCCCAUAGAAAGCUCGUAUAUUAGACUAGAAAUUAGGUCACAAAAAGUUCUUUUGGACUAAAAGCAUAUUAUAUACUACGCACUAUUAUAUUAUCACUUAUAUAUUAGGUAUGUAUUAAUUUGUUUCUUUUUAAUCAAAGAAUUAAAACUAAUCACUUUAUAUAUAUUAGUUUGUAUUUUUAUUUGAAGUAUUAUAACUAAUCUCUUUAUGUAUUAGUGUGUGUAUAAAUACUAAUAAGAAAUUUUAAACGGGUCCGGGUCCUUAACGGGUCGGAAUCAUAAGUACCAUACCCGACCCGUUUAUUAAAAGUACUAACGGGUCCGGGUUCGGGUCCGGGUAAACGGAAUAAAAUAAGGACCCAUACCCGUUAAAAACAACCGGGUCCGGGUCGGGUCCGGGUCUAGACCCGACCCAUUGACAGGCCUACACAUGUCUAUCCCAAGCUAAGUACAACCAUUUACCAUUCCUACACUUUAAUUAACUUACCGCAGUAUUCUUAUUAUUAGUGUUUUAUCACCAUUAUUAAUAGGGAUAGAAUAUCCCGAAAUUAAAUAAUGUCGAGCAAAAUUCGAGUGAGUAAAGCUCUAGUGAUAAGUUAUUUUUCCCCGUCAUUUUAAUUAAUGACUGGUUGUUGUGGGCCCGUCGGCCCGCUCCUGAUCGGCUUUAAUUAGCGAGCGGAGUAUACUUGAAUGGCCUAUGGUAGGAUAAUACUAUUAUUGCUAC